ACGCUAAAAGGCCUGAGAGCGAGGUCAUUUCGUUAAAAUUUUAUUAAGUAACGCCGUUUUCUACCCGCGAAAUUAUUUCAUCCUCCUUUCCGAGACCGGCAAUGUAAUUCCAGCCACCUCUCAAAAGUUAACCAUCGCAAAAAAUUUCGACCAAACUAACGAGUUUGUCGUCUUAAUAUUUCACAAUGGCCAACUCUAGUAGAGGGGGGCUGGAGUUACAGUGCCGGUCUUAGAAAGAAGGGCAAGAUAAUUUCAUGACUAAAAAUACGAAUUCGUAGAAUCGAUUUUGUCAAAAAUCCCAAAAAAAUACAAUAAUACCUGUCAGAUAGAGAAUUCACAGUCAAAAACAUAUAUCUCCCUAAAAGGAGAAUCAAUAUUCGCAAAUAUUUUCAACCCUCCUUUUCCUAAGCAAGGCGAAAAAUAAAUUCAGGUGCCCUCUCUAGAGAGGGUCAUUACAAUUACAGUGCCGAUGUCUAGUAGAGAAGGGGAUUUCGCAUAUUUUCGACCAAGACACUGCCAGUUCGGGGAAAAACUCUUGCAACGGAUUCGAAUUGACACGGAUUGUUUUUGACCCUUCUGCCGCCUCAUAGAUACGGUACAGACUUGAUAGAAAUUACACAGUAAUCCAGCAUGCAAGAAUAUCGUAGUAGGGGCGGGAUUAUUUUUCCAACCCCAAAAGGCGGCCUUACGACAAAGAGGCUGGAAUAUUAGAGAUGCAGGAAUAAUAAAGUUAUAAAAAACCUGCAUCCCAUUAAAUGGAUUACGAUGGCUGGUGCAGAACCGGUUUAAAGAUUCCCAAAAACUUAGCGCGCUGGGGAAGGGUGUAAGAAGGGGGAGGAGGAGAAGUGAGGUGUUAACUUGAAUUAACAAAGAAUUGCUGAGGUCUGCGGAAAAUUAGCAUUCGAAAUGACAGACGUAGCCGUGCAUGCUGUGUGUUUAAAACGUGUUUUCAUUUUGUCAUCGGUUCGGUCAUCAGGCAGGUGGCUAUUGUCGAGAAUGGAAUGCAGUCACAUUGCCAGCGUCCUAGUUGGCCAGUUACCUCUCUUUCUCCCCUUUUCCACUCCAGCAUACCCUCUUCUUGUGCAGUUUAGGGACAACUGCAAAUUAGACUAUUCCGCCUAAAUAGGCUAUGAUAGACAAAUUAGGCGAAAUUUAUCUCUUAACUAAGCUAUCAACAUUAAAUUUGCUUAUUAUAGCCUUCUGGUCCGUGGUCGCACCGAUCUUUAAGGUUAAAAAAUGAGCUAACGAACCACCCUCCGAUGUAACGUAUGAUCCGCCAACUCUGUGAAUCUGAUAACUUUGUGAAACUGCUUUCAAAGCCUACAACAACUUACCACAGCUCUGUCUACUAUUUUUAAUGAAUGAAUUCGAUUCAAGGGAUUUGAUACUACCACUUAAUCAAUUUUAGGGGUGUCGGAACUCACGCAUGACAAAAAUUUGGCGGUAAGUUCAGACGGCUACACCUUUUUGUGAUUUUCAAGUCAAGCGCAACGGUGGCCAUUUUUGAUAUAUAUUGUAGUCUCAGUUAAUUGAUUAUAAUUAUGGUCAUGUUGAAGGAUCCAUCACAGCAUUAUCGGAUGAUAGUACAUGCCGGAUCCGGCUUAUAGACGAAUUUCCGUGUGACGUCACAUAACCAGUUCCCAAGCCUCUGCGCAAAUCGACAGGCAAAAUGGCAGGCAAGAUAGUAAACAAAUAGGGUAAUUGCUUAUUAAACGAUCGUUUUAAAUCGCUUAAAAAGUAAACAAACCUUUCGAUCGAAACUUGCACUACCAUUAUGAACUCCGUUACUAAGAUUUUAAUGAUAUUCUCCAUCGCGGGCUUUUAUUCUCGACCAUUACUUCGGCUUUACAAGCCUACACACCAGGAGUACGCGAGUAAGCAAGUCCUGCAUUGUGUUCGACUAAAUAGCUGCGUUUAAACUGCGACGUUUUUAUAUCCUUGCCUUGGAAAUUUUUGUGGGUAAUAGCCCAAAAUAUGUACGCGAGGUAUAAACACAGACCAAGAGUUGUACAGAGUAUAAUGCGACAAAACGAAAGCGGCCGCCUCGUGGUCUUCACUUCCAAUAUGUCGACCGAAUACUUCUCGAAAUUAGUAAGUGAAGAUAAACAGCAUUAUUCAAAAAAACUCACGCUUGCCAACGGAACACUCCUACGCGACCCUUUUUCACUGAAGGGAGAAGAUUGGAGCGACGAUGUAUCAUUGCUACCCGAUGUUACGCAUAUGGAUUUGUAUGUCUAUCUCAUCCAUACACCCAGUGAAUUUACAAAUGAAUCUUUGAAAGCUUAUAAAUCCUUAGAAGCUUACAACUUUUAUCUUUCUGGGCAUGUUCAAGAUGUUUAUUGCCACCUCUUGAAAGACGUUGAAUUUUGCUACAUUAAAUCCUCCGUACUACCUAGUCAGAGACAAGGACAAAAGCAAAAACUAUAUGAUGUAUGGAUCAUUUUACACACAAGUGGAUGGGUACUUUCAGCAAAUUGUACCUGCGUUGCUGGCCUUGGCUCGGCAUGCAGUCAUGUUGCUGCCCUUUUGUUCAAACUGGUUGCUUGUGCUACAUUGGAGUUAAACAAAAAAGCUUCCACAAGCAAAUUAUGCUCAUGGAAAAAAUCUAGAAAAAGAGCACACCCUGCACCUCUGAAGCACAUAAACUUCAAAAGACCAAAAAAAAGCGAAGUCCUGCCUACUAUAGACGAACCUUUUGAAGGUGAAUUGAAAGGAUUCACAUCAGUGGAUCCCUUGAAAUUCGUAACAGAAGAGGAAAAACAACAGUGGAUUUCACUCAGUCAAAUUGCUCCAGAUGCAGUUGUACUUAAAAAUAUAAGUCUGGAUUUAGGUGAAACAACACACCAUGAUGAUAGCGAAACAGAAACUGCGGAUGAAAAUGAAAAAAACAUUCUUCCUGAACCAUUGACAUACAUAUACGACUCCGCUGCCAUAAAUAAAAAUGAAAUAGAAAUAAAUAACAUUGCUCAAAAAAAUUACAAUCAAUACAAAUCCUCGUGCUUUGAUAUACAGUUUGAAAACUUGAAAAAAUUCACAGAAGCUCAAAGCCUUAGCGACAAAUGGAUGCUACAUCGAGCUGGGCGAAUAACAGCUUCAGUUUCAAAACUUGCCUUCACUUCAGAUUUGAAAAAAACAAAAACGUUAAUUGAGACCAUCAUGCAAUAUAAAGAGCCUGUUGACGUUGUUGCAACAAGAUAUGGGAAAAGAAUGGAGAAUAGAGCUCGUUCAGUAUAUGAACAACAUGUCAAACAACACCAUGUUGAUCUCCAAGUUGUCACAACUGGACUUCAUAUUGAUCCAAACUUUCCAUAUCUUGCAGCAAGCCCUGAUGGAUUAGUGAAGUGCAAAUGUCAUGGUCAGAGUUUAGUUGAGAUCAAAUGCCCAUUUAAAUAUAAAAAAAGUUUGAAGCUAUGGAGAAACGAUAAAAAUUGUCCCAUUGAUAAAGCUGGGAAAUUCAAAAAAAAUCAUGCUUAUUACUUCCAAGUACAACAUCAAAUGUUAGUAACUAAAAUGAAUUAUUGUGACUUCUUUGUUUUUUCACAAGGAAAGCAAGAAAAUGAUACUUUUCUGAUCAGGGUUACAAAAAAUGAACCAUUUUGUCGGAAACUUCGUGAAAAACUGGCCAUUGUAUUCGAAAAGGUUUUGUUACCAGAGCUUGUCACUCGGAAAAGUGAUCCCAAGUUACUAAAUGAAGAAAAGGUGUAUUGCAUAUGCAGAAGACCAUCCUUCCCACCUAUGAUUGGUUGUGACAAUUUAGGCUCAUGUGACAUAGAAUGGUUCCAUUAUUCUUGUGUGAAGAUAACAAGAGCACCGAAAACUUGGCUAUGUUCUACCUGUCAGAAUAAUAUUAAAAAAAAAUAGUGUGUCACAUUAUAUCAAAGUAAUAUAUGUAAUAUAAUAUAACAAUAUGUUAGUUGUGUGCGAAGUAUCAAAUUCUCUGUAAUAAUAUAUGUUAUAUAAUGCCUUUGUUCAAGUUCACCAAAGCACAUAUAACGAUAAACACAUCGUCCAAUAAAUCUACUUGAGUGAUAGGUAUGGUUGUGUUCAAAAUUUCAAACUUUCUCAAACGUCCAAUAACUCUCUCAAUGUGGAUUCGAACAUUGGCUAUUUUUCGAGAUCGAUCUACAUCCAUUGCUGACAUUUGUUCCUUCCCUCUGGUAAAUUCAGGUAUUUUUAAUACCACGCCUCGUGUUGCCAACUCUUGCUCGCUAAGGAAUCCUCGAUCAGCCAAAACAAGAUCUCCAUUUUCGACUAAAUCCAAAAAACCACUUUUUAUUGUUAUUUCCUUAUCAGAGACUCUACCUCCCCAUCCUUCUGAUAGGAAACUAACACU